AUAUGGGAUACAUACAUGCACAACCAUCCAGAGAAGAUAACUGACCGUAGCAUUGGAGAUGUGGCUGUUGAUGAAUAUCAUCGCUAUAAGGAAGAUGUUGAAAUUAUGAAGGACAUUGGCCAUGAUGCUUACAGAUUCUGGAUCUCAUGGUCUAGAUUGUUACCAAAUGGAAAGCUAAGCGGGGGUGUGAACUACGAAGGAAUCAAAUAUUACAAGAACCUCAUCGACGAACUUUUAGCCAAUGGUCUAAAGCCCUUUGUCACAAUCUUCCAUUGGGAUUUUCCUCAAGGUUUGGAGGAUGAUUACAGUGGUUUCUUAAGUCCUAAAGUUGUGGAUGGUUUUCAGGACUAUGCAGAGCUCUGCUUUAGAGAAUUUGGUGACAAAGUUAAACAUUGGAUCACAUUAAACGAGCCAUUAAGCGUCAGCAAGAAUGGUUAUGCAAGCGGGAAGUAUGCACCAGGCCGAUGUUCUGACUGGCUAAACUUAAAUUGCCUCAGUGGAGAUUCCGGAACUGAACCAUAUUUGGUGACACACCAACAACUUCUAGCUCAUGCAGCAGCUGUAAAGUUAUAUAGAGAAAAAUAUCAGGUCUUGCAUGCACCUGCAGGGGUGAUAGGGAUAACAUUGAACUCGGAUUGGUAUGUGCCAGUUUCUGAAGACAGGAACGAAAAAGAUGCAGCUACAGGAGCAUUGGAUUUUUCAUAUGGAUGGUUUAUGGAUCCCUUGGUGAAAGGUCAUAAUCCACACAGCAUGCAAGCUCUUGUCGGAAAUCGAUUGCCAAAUUUCACUAAAGAGCAAUCCACGAUGCUAAAAGGUUCGUUUCAUUUUGUUGGACUAACUUAUUAUUCAGGAACUUAUGCAGCCAAUGUUCCUCGGCAAAAUGAUGCAAAACCAAACUACAAGACAGACGCUCUCGUUAAUCAAUCGGUCGAGUAUAAUGGUGUACCUAUCGGUCCACUGGGUGCUUCUGAUUGGCUCCAUGUUUACCCGAGAGGAAUUCGAGAUUUAUUGCUUUACACAAAGAGAAAGUAUGAUAAUCCACUUAUUUACAUCACAGAAAAUGGAUAUGACGACCCCAAUGAUCCCAACAUACCUAUCGAGGAAUCCCCUGCUAAUAAGAAAAGAAUCGACUACCUUGAUCGUCAUAUUUAUUAUAUUCAUAAAGCGAUCGACAAAGACGGUGUUAACGUGAUGGGAUACUUUAAAAACGGAUACACGGUUAAAUUCGGAAUUAACUAUAUCGACUUCCAAAAUGGGCUAAAAAGACAUCCGAAAGACUCAGCGGAGUGGCUAAAGAAGUUUCUGAAAACAGAAAAUCAUGAGGAACUUUAA